AUGGUUAAGGUGUGCUUGUGGUCAGAAAAGCUUUGUAGUCAUUUUGAGGCUGAAUCCAGGCAUGGAGAGAUAUUGGGUAAUCUUCUCUAUGCAGCCAAAUUAGUGGCAGAGAAAGAAGGUAUCCUUGAUGGAUUUCGUGUUGUUAUCAACAAUGGUCCGACUGCAUGUCAAUCUGUGUACCAUCUCCACUUGCAUGUUCUUGGUGGGAGGGAGAUGAAAUGGCCGCCUGGUUAA